UUCUUCUCCACUUACACAUCUUCACACACACACAAAAAAAAAAACAUCAACUUGCUAUAUAUAUAUAUAUAUAGUAAAAACCAUAUAAUUUCUCUUAAUCAAGGUCUAAAUUAACAUGGAUAUGGUGAUGAAAUUAGGAGCAGAAAGUCCGGUGGUGAUUCUCACCAAAAGCACUUGUUGCAUCUCUCACAGCAUCGAAACCCUAAUUCGAGGUUUUGGAGCCAAUCCUACAAUUUACGAGCUUGAUAAACUUUUGAAUGGGAAGGAAAUGGAGAAGGCAUUGAUUGAAUUACUAGGGUGUAAAUCAAGUGUGCCAGCAGUGUUCAUUGGAGAAGAAUUUGUAGGUGGUUCUAAUGAGAUUAUAAGUCUUAAUGUUAGAGGCAAGCUCAAACAAUUGCUUCUAAAGGCUAAUGCUAUUUGGAUAUAGAGAUCAUCAAUUUACUAGCUAGCAAGUAAUCAGUGAUGCAAUCAGAAUUUUUCACUGAGAAAAAAAUCAAUAUAUAUAUAUAAAAGUAAAUACACGAAUAAAUUAACGCAUUUCAACGUGUAGUAUAUAUAGAUUAUAUAUAAAGAUCAAAAUUUACUAGCUAGCUAGCAAGUUUAGAUUUUGAAUCCUAAUUUCAUUGCAGCAGUUACAAGU